AUGUUGUUGUUGAAACCUUCAAAUACUGAUUGUCCUUCAACUUCAAGCUUGAUGGAGUCAUUUGUACCACUAGGCGGGUACUUUUCCACACCGCCCAACCUGGCGGCUCCACUGGGAAGCACAUACGGACCUUUUUCUCGCUGCAAACUGUGCAGUGAUAAAUGUGAGCAAGAAGUUGCUGCUGUUCUGACGGUGGGACGUGCCAAUUCACAGUCAGAUCAGCACCAAGCAAGCUUGCCUGCGUGGCUGCAGUCCACUGAAGGCGACACAAACAAUGGGCUAGAUUUGGCUAAGGCCAAAGAUGAUAAAACAGAAUUACAUGCUAAAGUUGCAGUGCUGCAAAAGAAAUGGAACGAUAUCUGCCAAUGUCUCCACCACAACAGCUCACCCGUGGAAAGAGAUGUUACUCAAGUAGGAUCACAAGCAUUUCCUUGCAUUAUGGGUUUUCCAGUUGCGCCAGAGCGGAAAGAAAGAGUUGAUAAUCAUGCUAACACUGUGAUAGAUGCAUCACCAAUUGAAAGUGUAUGUGAUAGUGCACUGGCGAAGUUGCAGCCUAAGACAUCAGCACAGGGUGUAACCUUGUCAAUUCCCGUUGAUUCUAGAGAUAAAAGCGAGAGUUCUCCAGACACACUGCACCAAAAACCUUCAAAGUGUGAGGCGAAUCCUGCUUACUCUCUAUCUGUUGUACUUGAUGGUCACGGGUCUCCUUGCUCCGCUGCAUCGGUUACAACAGAUUUAGGUCUCGGAACACUCUACUCGUUUGUCCAGGACCCAAACCAUCCCACUAGUCAAGAUAAUGAAGAAGUUGAUGAGGUCAAAGAAAAACCUCUCAGGCCCCAGCAGCUUCAAUUUUCUUCCUGCACUGGGCCUAAUUCAGUUGUGCAGUUUGAUUCGACAAGCUAUUCUGGAAAUCUCUUAAAGAAAAGAUCAGGAAAGGAACGGCGCCUCAGGGCAAGCGUGAAAGGUGAUAUAUGGUUGAGUUUCCACGGGUCUGACAUGGUUACCAAAAAGAAACUUGCUAUUGCCCUUGCAGAGAUGCUAUUCGGCAGCAGAGAAAGUGUAAUAUGUGUGGAUUUAGCUUGUCCUGACGGGAUCUCUCCACCGAAUUCAAUCUUUCGUUCCAAAAAGAUGAAUGGUUUCGACACAAGUUUCAGAGGGAGUUUUAUAGUUGACUACAUCUAUUCAGAGAUAAGGAAGAAUCCACUGUCAGUAGUUUUUCUCGAAAAUGUCGAUAAGGCCGAUACCGGGAUGCAUAAUUGCCUAGUCCAUGCUAUCCAGACAGGCAAAUUUAUUGACUCUCGUGGACGAGAGAUUAGUAUCAACAAUUCUGUCUCCGAGGAAAAGAUGCUAGCAGCCCAAAGCUGGCAAAUGCAGAUACUGAUCAGAAAUGACCCUGAGUACUGCACCACCGCGUUACGUAAUAAGUCCAAUGUAUUCGUGUCUUCGAGAAACGCCAGCGCUACUCCAGCAUUUUUGAACAAGAGGAAGCUGAUUGAAACCAUGGAAACAGCUAAACGAAUUCAGAAAACGUCCAAUAAGUGUUUGGACUUGAACUUACCCGUCGAAGCGACUUCAAAAGAUUCUACUUUGGCUUCUCUGGAUAAUUUAACUAACCUAGUGGAUGAAUAUGUGGUGUUUGAGCCGUUCGACUUGGAUUCCCUUGCCAGUGACAUACUGAUAAAAAUGGACGAACGGUAUAAGAACAAAAUUGGGAAUGAGGGUUUCUUGGAAGUUGAUUCACAAGCAAUGGAGCAAAUACUGGCAGCUGCAUGGUUUUGCGACAGCAGAAACGCAUUGGACAAUUGGGUUGAGCAUGUUCUUGGCAAUACCUUUGCGGAAGCUCGAGAAAUAUAUAGUGUUGGAGCUGGUACAGUUUUGAAACUUGUUAGUUGUGAAGGGCUUCCAAUGCAGGAUCAAGCAUCGGAAUUUUAA